UUGGCGCGGUGCGUAGCGUAACAUUCCAUUGAGAAGAAGAGGGAAAGAUGGCGUCCUCUAAUAAUCCCCGCAAAUUUAGCGAAAAAAUCGCUUUGCAUAAUCAGAAACAGGCUGAAGAGACAGCUGCAUUUGAAGAAGUGAUGAAAGACCUGAACAUCACCAGAGCCGCACGGUUGCAGUUACAGAAGACCCAGUAUUUGCAACUAGGGCAGAAUCGUGGACAGUACUAUGGAGGCUCACUGCCCAAUGUCAAUCAGAUUGGAAAUGGCAACAUUGACCUGCCUUUUCAGAACUCUGUGCUGGACACCAGUCGAACGACAAGGCACCACGGCCUGGUGGAGCGCGUCUACCGCGACCGCAACCGCAUCACAUCCCCUCACCGCCGCCCUCUGUCUGUUGACAAACACGGUCGCCAGAUAUCCUUUCUGUUCAAGCGUGUGCUGGCUCACAUCGACAGCUGUCCAUACAGCUCGGUUUACCUCUCCCCGCCACCAGACACUAGCUGGAGAAGAACAAAUUCCGACUCUGCUUUACACCAGAGCGCCAUGAAUCCGAAGCCUCAGGAGGUGUAUUCAGGCGGAUCACAGGAGCUGCAGCCUAAACGAGUGCUGCUGCUAACAGUACCUGGAACGGAGAACUCGGAGUCAGAUGCAGACAAGGAUGCACAAAAACAGUUGUGGAAUGACAAGAAGGAUGACACAUCAAAACCGAACACAUGCGAUGUCCCAGGAAUCAAUAUAUUUCCAUCACCAGACCAAGAACUCAACCCGCCUGUGCUCCCAGCGGCCCACAAUACCGGCGGUUCGCUGCCUGAUUUAACCAAUAUCCAGUUCCCUCCUCCGCUGUCCACUCCACUGGACCCUGAGGACACCGUGUCCUUUCCCUCUCUGAGCUCAGCCAACAGCACGAGCAGCCUGACCACCAACCUCACCCAUUUGGGCAUCAGUGCUGCCAGCCACGGCAUCCCCACCUCCUCUCAGUCUACCAUGACUGUAACGGCACAGCGCCGGCAACCACCCGUGGUGCCGCUCACCCUCACCUCUGACCUCCACCUCCAGCAGUCCCCACAGCAGCUCUCACCCACUCUCUCCUCAUCCAUAAACAUGACACAGGCUGUGCCAGCUGAAUCUCUAACCCUGGAACAACAGCUUUCUCAGUACCCUUUGUUCAAUCAGCUGACCGCUCAGGCCCAGGCUCAGCUCCUCAGUGACCUCCAGAAGCAUCAGGCCCUCCCUCAAGGCAUCCAGCUCAUCACUUUGCCAACUCCGACCUCGUCUGGUCCAGUGACGGCAAGCAGCCCCUCCCCAGACAGCCAGACCACGGCCAGCAUGAGCAUCGGCUCGUAUCGCAAUCAGACUGGCUCACCAGCCACUCAGUCUCCAACCUCCCCAGUCUCCAAUCAAGGCUUCUCCCCCGGAGGCUCGCCUCAACACAUCCCUGCGGUGGGCAGUAUAUUCGGUGACUCCUUUUAUGAUCAGCAGCUGGCAUCGAGGCAGACCAACGCUCUGUCUCACCAGCUCGAGCAGUUCAACAUGAUUGAGAGUCCCAUUAGCUCCUCCAGCCUUUUCAACCAGUGUUCCACCCUCAACUACACGCAAGCAGCCAUGAUGGGCCUCACUGGAAGCAGCCUGCAGGACCCACAGCAGCUCAGUUACAGUAACCAUAGCAACAUCCCCAACAUCAUCCUUACAGUCACAGGUGAGUCUCCGCCAAGCCUCUCCAAAGAGCUGACCAACUCUCUGGCAGGUGUGGGUGACGUCAGCUUCGACGCAGACUCUCAGUUUCCUUUGGAUGAGUUGAAGAUUGACCCACUCACCCUGGACGGUCUUCACAUGCUCAAUGACCCAGACAUGGUGCUCACCGACCCCGCCACCGAGGACACGUUCAGGAUGGACAGGCUGUAACCUAACGUAACCUACUUACUGAGCAAAGAGGGAAAAAAAAAAAAAACUGUCUUAGGAAGAGAAAUAAAGGGCAGGAUGAAACCCCUCCCUCAGUGCAUGGCCGCCCAGCUGUCCGACCUUGCCCGUGACUUCAUGAAGCCCCUUGAAACGAUGCACCACCAAAAGACAACGGGGGAAAAAGAGAUCCAGUGACUCAUCAGGGAAUGGGCAGCUGUCGUUUGGAAUGAGAUUGGUUGCUCAGCGCUUUCGCUAGCCUGCUGUGUUUACAGUGUACAUUACAUGCCACUUAUAUUCAACAAACGCACAUUUGAGUUUUUUUCGUUUCAUAUCCACGUGUUCUUUAGUUUCUUUGCUCAAAGCAGGAAGCUGCUUAGGUAUAAUGUACCUAUUUGAUAAAAAAAAAAGGAAAAGAAAAGGCCCAUUUUUUUUCAUCACCCAAGUUCACCCAAAUAACAGCUUUCUACUUCACACUCAAAGCUUUAUUUUUAACAACCAAAUGUUAUUUUCAUCUUUUAAUAUAUGUUUUUAUUUUUUGUGUAUUUAUACAUUUUAUUUAUUUGAUUAGAAAUUUUAUAUUCCAUUUCAUGGAUUUGAUGCCUAAUUGUUGUUUGUAGGCAUAGUGUAAAAUUGCACUGAAGUAAUUUGGGUCUAUUAUUUAUUGAUUACUAACAUAUUUAUAUCUGUAUUUGUUAAGCUACUUGGUUAAUGAAGGAGUGUAAAACCUCCCCAUAGUUGCUCUUUGGUGUUAGAUGUGCCAUUUUCUGACAUUGAUGUGCUGUAGCCCAACAGUCAAAUCCAAAUAUUAGUUUUUAACACUAAUUCAGAAACAGCUACACAAUUAACAUUUUCUGAGAAAAUGAUCAGGUCUUUCUAUUCAACCAGAAUGCAAGAAAAAUGCAACAAAAUUAAGUUAAAAGCCAAUAGACAUAUAUAUAUAUGUGUGU